AUGUUUGAAUGGAUCACUUCUUGGUUCCAAGAGCAACCAAUCUCGCCCGAGCUCGUCAAGUCGAUUGAAUCGGCCAUCGAGUCCAACAAGGUGCUCGUUUACUCCAAGACUUAUUGCCCCUAUUGCCGCGCGACGAAGGACUUGUUGAAUAAGCACCAGGUUGAAUAUAAGCUUGUCGAGUUGAACACUGUGCCUGAUGGCAGUCAGAUCCAGCGCACGUUGCAGAAGAUCAGUGGGCAGAAGACCGUUCCUAAUAUUUUCAUCAAUGGGAAGCACAUUGGAGGAAAUUCCGACUUGCAGGCUUUGGAGCAGCUGAAGAAAUUGGCCCAGUUGCUUACCUAG